AUGAUUGUACCGGAAAAGCUGGAGAAUAAGGGCAACAUAUACAUAGCAUGGACGAGUCCCCCAGAAGUCUCACGCUCGGAGGAAAUUGUAGCGGGUGGGCAUAUGAUUCUUACAAUUUUAGGCCGAAGCAUUGUAGAUCUGUCCAGGAAAGAGAAGUCUUGCUUUUGGGAAUUGCUCGCAAAAUCGCUUCUUCAGCUGGUGCCUAAGGGGCUUGUUAAAGAAGAAGAUGUGGACUCGUUUAAUCUGCCUUUCUACAGCCCCUAUGAGGAUGAAGUGAAGGCAAUAAUUGAAAAGGAGGGAUCCUUCAAUCUUGAAAGGCUUGAAGUUUUCGAAAACAAUUGGGACGCCAAAGACAAAGACGACCCAAACUCCGCAUUUAACAGGCAUAGGAUUGGUGCGAAGACUGCAAACAGCUUAAGAGCUGCUACAGAAUCUAUUCUGGGCAGUCAUUUCGGAGCUUCUAUACUUGAUGAAGUAUUUGCAAAUUUCGCAAAGCUUGUCGAUGACGAUCCGAACGCUGAGAAUUCACAGUAUCUCAACAUCGUUAUUUCCUUGUCGAAGAAGUAA